ACGUAUGGACAACAAACAGUUGGACUCGAGUAAGCUAACGUUACGUUAGCUAGCACAAGGACGAGGAGAGAAAACAGCUUCUUUGCAUUCAAGCGCUUCUCGGGGAACGUCAAUAAGCGGCAUGUCUUUGUUUUAAAAUAACAACCAAAAAGGAGAUUAUUGUUCAACAGUUAAAUCAUUUGGGUACGAGAACGAAACAUGCUCCGGACUAUGACGCUUGUUUUUCUCCUUACCUAGUCGAGGAUUGUGAUGCGAGGUGCUCUGGUGAGACCGCGAACGACAUUCGGAAAUAAUUUUUCUUGAGCUAGAAUGAUUGACUCAAAAACAAAGCAUUUGGGUUUACCGAAAGGUGCAUAAAACUACACCGGUCUAGAUGUCAUUGUCGGGCAACUACUUUAGCUAGCUUCAUGCACAUUAAAUAGUAUUUUGCUAACGUAAUGGAGGCACCGUGGGUACAGUUUUAGCUAGCUGGUCACCCAAAAUAUAGCUAUAACGUUAGCUAGCUUCCACAUCCACUUUUAGAGUGUGCUGACCAAAAAAAUACAGAAUACUGUAACAUAAAACGGCUAUCCAUGCACUUUGUUGAUAUCUAUCGUGGUUACCUAGCGUUAUAUUAGCUAGCCAAACAAGUAUAAACUAGAUUGAGACUAGCAGCAGAAUACAUUUGUUUCUCGGUUAGGAGGAUUUGUCACGGUCGUUUGACACGAGGUGUUGCCUUUAUCUCUGGAUAAUUUCACAACAAUUUACCGUUCAUGGACAUGUGAUAUGGUAAAUUUAUCAAAGUUUUUCUGAAAUGACAAUUUCAGGCUAUAAAUAUUCUGAACUGCAGGCACCCAUCACGUGUCAAACCAGUCAAAUUUGCUUGCUUGAAAGUUGUCAAUAAUGUGCGAAAUUAUCUCUUGAAAUAGUUCUGUGUGGGCACAAAUAGCUGUUUUGUCAAUCAAUUACGUUAACACUCAAAAAGCACUUAUAUUGUCAUUGACAAAGUUGUAAACAUUCUUGAUGAAAGCAUUUAUUUUACAAAUUAUGUUAGCUAUUGAAGGAUCAUAGACCAACAUUCAAAGGUUAGACUGACAUCUACUCAAAGGCAUCACUUUAAAUAUCUUGUGUCAAGUAUAGAGUUCUCGAAUCCAGUCAAUUGCCAACACUGUCUUCCUGGAAAUGAAAAUAUGAAUGUCGAGGAGCAAGCUCUGGAUUUGUGCAAUGUCAAAAUGAAGAAUAAUGUUGGUGACAAUACUACCAAUAACUCGGAAGAGAUCAUUCCCCGGCUUUCUGAACUGAUGGAUGGAGAUUUGUGUAAACAAGGCAUUGGCAACGAAGCCGCCAACACGUCCUCUCUAGCUAAGCUCACAGACAACCCGCGAAGGGAGGACAACCACCGGUCAAAAGAGACACUAGAAAUCGACGAAGUGAAUGGGAAUAAGAACAACAGCGUCCCAGAUACCUUUGCAAUAGUCAGUUCUGACUUUGAUGUUUAUCAUGACGACCAACGCCAAGAUGAGAGUAUCAAGGAUACAACACCAUUGUCCCUCAUGUUUUCUAUUGAGGAAGGGGAUGAUGGUGGGGAUAUGGACAUUGGUGUGGAUUUGAGUCUGGAUGAAAGUGGCAUGUUGGAGUCAGAACCUACAGACCAGGGACCAUCCCUAGCAGAGGAGGCAUCCUCAAGCAGUACCAAUCCAGAUUCAUCAACUCCAGACGCUGUCACCGACAAGGAACCUGAGAAACCCUCAGAACAGGAGGACUCGCCACCUGUCACUGCCCCAGGAGAGGUCCUCUCUCCAGCCCUGGAUGAGGGGGAUGAUAAACACAAAAAUGGCAAGAGGGUGACUUUUCCUUCAGAUGAGGAUAUUGUCUCUGGAGCAGUGGAGCCCAAGGACCCUUGGAGACAUGCCCAGAAUGUGACGGUGGAUGAGAUUCUCUCUGCCUACAGACAGGCCUGCGUGAAACUCAACUGUAAACCCAUCCCCAAAGUGCUUAAACAGAUGCAGGAGCUGAAAGACCUAACUCAUCGAAAUGAAUGCCUGGACCUUAAAGGUGAGAAGCUGGACUAUAAGGCGUGUGAGUCCUUGGAGGAGGUGUUCAAGCGGGUCCAGUUUAAAGUGGUGGACCUGGAGCAGACCAACCUGGAUGAAGAUGGUGCGUCCGCUCUCUUUGACAUGAUUGAGUACUAUGAGUCGGCCACACACCUCAACAUUUCCUUCAACAAGCACAUCGGCACCCGCGGCUGGCAGGCCGCAGCCCACAUGAUGAGAAAGACGAGCUCUCUGCAGUACCUGGACGCCCGCAACACACCCCUGCUGGAUCACUCUGCCCCGUUUGUGGCACGGGCGCUCCGCAUCAGCGGCAGUCUUGCUGUGCUGCACCUAGAGAACGCUGGGCUCUCUGGACGACCACUGAUGCUGCUGGCCACGGCUCUGAAGAUGAACAUGAACCUACGGGAGCUGUACUUGGCUGAUAACAAGCUGAACGGCCUGCAGGACUCUGCACAGCUGGGCAACCUGCUCAAGUUCAACUGCAACAUCCAGAUACUGGACCUCCGCAACAACCACAUACUGGACUCUGGUCUGGCCUACGUCUGUGAAGGCCUGAAGGAACAGAGGAAAGGCCUGGUCACUCUGGUGCUCUGGAACAACCAGCUAACACACAACGGCAUGGGCUAUCUCGCAGCUGCACUGCCCUGUACCCAGAGUUUGGAGACCCUAAAUCUGGGCCAUAACUCUGUGGGGAACGAGGGGGUCCACAAGCUGAAGGACAGUCUGAUCGCCAACCGCUCGGUGCUCCGGCUGGGCCUGGCGUCCACCAAGCUGUCUUGCGAGGGUGCCGUGGCGGUGGCUGAGUUCAUCGCCGAGAGCCCCCGGCUGCUGCGUCUGGACCUGAGGGAGAACGAGAUCAAGACGGGGGGCCUCAUGGCCCUCUCCCUGGCCCUCAAAGUCAACACCUCCCUCCUACGCCUCGACCUGGACCGAGAGCCCAAGAAAGAGACUGUGAAGAGCUUCAUCGAUACGCAGCGUUCCCUGCUGGCUGAGAUCCAGAACGGCUGCAAGCGGAACUUCAUCCUAGCCAAGGAGAAGGAGGAGACCGAGCAGCAGAUGCAUUCGGCCUCCAUGGCCGAGAUCGCCACCGAGGACAGAACCAUAGAGGAGGACGGAGCUGAUUCCGGCGAGCUUGUUGAUAACGAUGGGAAAGACAGUGAGUGUGAGGGAGGAGAGGAAGGAGUGAAAGACACUGAACGCCUGACUGAAAGCCAAUUGGCAGUGAGCUCUGAGGGAGUGGUGUUGCCUUUGCUUUUGGAGUCCGACUCGGACACGGACGAAGAAGAGGAUGAAGAGGUGGUUCUCUCUAAAGCUCCCUCCGUCUCCCCCGCCCCCAAACACACUGGUCCUUCACUCCGGGCGGCGACAACUCAGCACCCCCUCAAUGCCUCACAGACACCCCCCGUCCCCUCUGCCUCACCUGCUACGGGGUCUGUCAUUUCAGGGAUCACCGUCACAGAGUCCACGGGGGCCCCCGGUACACCCCCCUCUCCGGGCCGCUGUAUCUCUGUGUCGAGCCCCGGGAGAGGCCACAAGAUCUUCAUGGUGACCAGAGUAGAGAGCCCAUCUGACCAACAGCAGUUCCAGGUCCUGGGGAAGAUUGGCCUGACCAAGCCCCAGGUCUCCAAAGAGUCGGUGGUGUCACUAGUGAAGGAAACCACACAGCAACCACAUCCUGGUUCACAACCCCCACAGGAGGAGGUGAGAACACAACCCCAGGCCGCACCCACACCACUGACACAGGAGCUGGUCCAGAGUUCAGACGACCCACAGACAGUCAACCCUAAACCGAUGGAGCAGAGUCCUGUUGCGCCAGAGCAACCCCCUUCAAAGGAGACCGUAGUAGAGACUCCUAAUGACCCGUCGGAGACGCUAGAACUACCAUCCAACCUCCUAACCCAGCCCGCUGAGGAAGAAGUGGAGGGUGUUCUAGACAGUUCUCAACCUGUACUGAGCCCGUUAACAGCAGCCCAGACAUCACACUCACCCUCCCUUCCUACAGAAAUAGCAGCAACACUAGCAUCACCCCAACAGACAGAGCAGAUGGUAGAGACAACUACAGAGCCCCGGCUAGAACAGUCUGCUGUUGAGCAGCAGUCCACUGAAGCUGCGCUGGAAGGAGAGGAGGGGGAGGAGGUGGUUGUGGAAAAGGAGGAGAGUCAGGACCCAGUUGAAGAGACACUUUGUGAACAGGCGGAGUCUCAAACCGACACAGAGGAGGAAGAUGACAUGCAGUCAGAACGGCUUCCACAGCAGGACCAGAGUCCGGAACAGGCUCGUGACACAGUUCAGCAACCGUUAGCGCCGCAACCGUUAGCACCUCAGCUAGCUACACAGACUAACACGAAACCCCUGGGGAGUCUGCUUCUAACAGCACCGCUCCAGUCACAGCCUGAAACAGUGCAGCCAGACUCUGAGCUUCUGCCCCCACAACAGGAACCGGCAGAGACACUUCCACGGGCACAGCGACAGGUGGCGCCAGAGAGUCCGCCGGAGCAGGGAGCAACGGAGAGUGUAGCAGAAGCAGAAACUGAACAAGAACUGUAUCUGUGGGAGGAACAGCAGCAACUAGCACAACAGGCACUUCCUGUGCAGGUGGAACUGCAACAACAACAUCCUGUUCUAGAGGAACUACAGAAGCAGCAGCUUCAACCAGAGGGGCAAUCACAGACCACUCUUCCCGCUGAGCCCUCGCCUGUUCCAGCCGAAACAGACACUUCCCUGGAGGUGGAGGGCCGUAGCUCCCCUCCCAAGGCAGAGGAGUCCCCAGACGAGAGCUCCACGGACGAGGUGGAGAGCGUGGAGGAGGUGGUGGGCUCGGCCCUUCCCAACGGCCUGAAGCCAGAGUUUGCCCUUCACCUGCUGGACCCCGAGGGCCCCAAGCCUGGGCCUGGCAGCUGUGUGAUGGAGCACGUGAGUGUCACAGCAGAGCUGAGCUGUGGUCAGGACCUGGAGGAGCUGUUGCUGGAGGCCAGCCUGGAGACUGGGAGAGACGCACCAUAGCUGUGUCAUGUGGUUCUGUAGGAGAGAGGAACACAGGACUCGUCUCUGUCUCGGUGACUCGGCUUGUUGCUCCUCCGAUUUUGUUGUCGUUACCACGAACUCCUCACCACCCCCUCUCUAUGAAAACAGAGGACCAGUUGUCAUCUAAGUAAAAAGAAAAAAAGACCCAAAACAAUAAUCAUUGAGCUUCGUCACAGCAUAUAAGGAAUUCACUUCAACUGAAACGCGCGCACACUGUAAUUGUAAAGAAAGUUGAACAAAAUAAACAAGAAUGGACACUAAGAAAAUCACACUAACCUUUUGCCUGUCACUACAUUCCGUCAAUCAGGAAACCACGCUCAUGCUGGGGGGGGGGGGUGAGAAAGGGAGAGAGAGGGACGGAGGGGGUUUAUCACUGCGCUAACCAAAGACACAGGACACACUCUGCUCACCCCCAGCUCCACCCCGACGUGUGUUCUUCAUAGUGUCGUGAGUUUGCACACUGACACAAAACCAUACUAUUGCCCUCUGCUGGACAAAAGAGUGUGCACAGCUGUGUGGAACUCAGACAAGAGGACCCACUGGCUUUGUGUGUCAUUCUCUGACAAUGACAGUGGGGCACAGAUGGUUUUAUAACCAAGGAAUGUGUGUGUUACAGUUUUAUCUGCCCCCCACCACCACCUCGUAAGGCAUCUCUGCCAAAGUGAUCGCUUUCUUUUCUGUUCCUUCCCCUCCGUUGGCUUUGGCCCCCUCAGGAAUCGUCCCCUCCAGUGUCUCUCCAGCAACGCCCUGGGAACACCCAAACCAUCUGUCAUCUGCCAAAAGCACACGGUCUCAGUCACAAAUUAUGUUGGGUUUCCUUUAAGAAUCAGAUAGCGGAGUUACUCCAAUCUAAAGCUUUCUGGAAACCUCUGUAAAUGUUGGAAAACAAAAUGUCUGCCUUGACGGAGUAAUGCCGUUCAUUACGGAGGAAGUCUACCCUUUUUUCUCUCUCGACUGGACAGUUAUCAGACGUUCUUUUCCAGAUGGAUUUUUUUUUUUUUGGUCUCCGACCAGAGUGAUUUAAAUGUAGUGUGACACUCAAUAGGAGUAUAAAUAAAAAGCAGGUCUGACCGUC